AUGAUUGUGAAAGUAUUUGAUAACAUAUACAUUAGUAAUGUUUACAAUGCUAACGACAUUUAUCAUUUAAUUAACCUGAACAUCGGGGGGGUUCUGACUUGCUUCAGAUGCAUGAGCAUCGAAUGGUGUUACCAUAACCCUAAGGAAAAUGGAAAAAUUUUUUAUAAAGAUAAAUUUCUAAAUUGCAAAAAGGAACUUCCUAGAGAUGUAAAGAAGUGUGGUUUGUUGCAUGUGCAACAAGGAGUAUCACCUUCAGGAAAAACUUUUAAAGAUUCUGUUGAAGCAGGAAGUUAUUGUACUUCUAACAUGUACACAAACAUAGACAUAUCUAGGAACAGAGUCGAAGAAGCCAUAGAAGAAAAUGGUGAUACAUCUAAAGAGUGCUAUCUAGAACAGAAUUGCGACGAUAUAUUUUCAAAACCAUAUGCACACUAUGAUCAUGUGAUAUAUCCAUACGAAGUUAUAGAGAAAAAACUUUCCAAAGAUAGAAUCGAUGAUUAUAUAAAAGGAAUGGUGCUAUUGCCCGAUGAUGUCGAAGUUGAUUGUUUUGGAACAUUUCAAAAUGAGAGCAUGUCAUCAUUGACUGAAACGACAAAAAACAAUAUUUGUGGUGAACAGACAGAACCCACAAAAGGCACUUCACUACAUACUACCCCCCUAGAUGCAGAUAAUACACAACAAUCAAAUGAAAGCGAAAAGAAGGAAAUGACACAUAGAAGUAGUAGCAUGGAUGAUAAACAUAUUGUAUCUGAAAAAAUGGGUUCUAAUCGAAAGGAGAGAGAAGAAUACUCAUGUAAUAAUACUUCCCAAAGCUCUGAAAAUUUAGAAAUGCAUUUAGAAAUACAUGAUGUAGAAACUGAAAAGACACUUCUACAAGGGCAAGAUUGCAAAAAAAAAUACUCGAAUAAACAAAUAGAACAAGGGAAAAUACAAACAGUGUGUGAAUUGAAUAAAACCUUAAGAGUGGAAAAAAACAAAACCAUAUCACCAAAUAAUGUAUACAAAAUGAAACAUAUGUAUUUAGACAUAUUGGAUACUUUUGAUGAAAACAUACUUAAACAUGUACACCAUGCUCAUUCCUUUAUAGAUGAUAUAAUCAAGGAUAAUAAGAAUGUGUUAGUUCAUUGUAUGGCAGGCAUUUCCAGAUGUUCAUCCAUAAUAUUGUCUUAUAUUUCUAAGAAAAAUGGAAAAACGAUUGCUGACAAUUUCGCGACCCUCAAGUCCCGAUAUCCUUUUGCACAUCCAAAUGAAAAUUUUUACAGGCAACUCCUACUGUACGAGAAGAUGAACUAUUCAACGGAUGGACCUAACGAAUUCCAUCGCAUCUAUGAAGAGAUAAAAUGUGGUCGCGCAUAUCUAGAGCAGCUUAAAUGCUUGAACCUGAAAAAUGCACCAGAUGCAACGUACAAGUUUAGAUGCAAAUUUUGCAGAUUCACCCUCUUCACAGACAACGACAUUAUACAGCACGAUUUGAAAAACUGCAAGAUAAAGAAAAAUUACGGAAGUUCUUGCACGAGUAUUUUUAUCGAGAAGAAGGAGUGGCUAUUAACUGAGAGCAAAAUGAAAGGAGUAUUGAAUUGUCCGCAAAAAAAUUGCAACGCAAAAUUAGGAAAAUGGUCAUGGAGUGGAAUAUGUUGUUCAUGUGGAUAUUUACAAAUUCCAGCUUUCAUGAUUAACGAGUCCAAUGUGGAUCGAAUGAAAGUGAACCCUAGCUGA